UCUCAAGGUAGUGCGUUCGAGCCAUGAUGAAGCAAUUUUCAAACUUUUUUCUAUUUUCCGAAAAUAAAGGGCCAAAAAUAUAUUUUUUUGCUUCAGGGCCAAUUUUUUUCAGGCACGGCCCUGCUUUCUAGGACAUAAAUUGACAUAAAUAACACUAGACAAACAUAAAUCAAUUGGGUUUAGAUCCGGAAGCAGACCGGUGAAACGCCUGAUGUUUGGGACCUAGGGGAUUGCGGGGUUUGGAGUAGAACCUCCUCGUCAUUUACAAACGGCUUUAUCUCUUGAAUGUAAUACAUAGCAAGCAACACAUGUAUUUUAGGUUAUCAAAUCUCAUAGUAACACAAACUUAACUUUUGAACUUUUGGGCCGGUUCUAGAGAUUUGUAAGGCUCAUCCUAUACUAGACGAACAGAACGAAUAAGGCGUAUGUAAGGCCACCCUUCUACUUUCCCCCUGACACUAGAAAUUGUAGCCAUGAUAUUCGAUAAGAACGACUUGCCGGCAAAUAUAGAAUAAGCCUAUAGACGGCAGUUUCAUCUGCUUUGUUCCUGACCAUCUAAGCCAAUUUUAUCCUUUGGAAUUCCGGAAGAGAAGGCAAGAUUUCACGCUUUGUUUCAAACAUAUACACACACCAGGACAAUACUAUCAAGUUUUGCAAAAAUGAAUUCUGAUACAAAACUUACCCUGAAGAUUACAAAAUCUCCCAUCAAAUAUUAAAUAACAUAAAAAUAUUCACUGCUGAUGAUUUGAUGAACUUCAAUGCUAUCAAAACUAUACUAAAAGCAGAAUAUCAGGCUCUAUGGAGGUGUCCACGUCGGAUGGUAAAUUCCACCAGUCAUAUUGCACCAAACGGCCACGUCAUGCACGAGUUUAUUACGGUUUGGGUACGUAUUCUCGGCCCGUUUUUUGUUGUGCUUUUUUGUUUAUUAUAAUGGUUUGGGCUUUUCUGAAUUAGGCCCGGGUGAGUUCCGCGUUGUAUGUGUAUCCCUAACAGCGUCGUCACAUACCUUUCGACUUCUAUCUCUGCCGUUUCUCACCUCUCCAAAUCCGUUUCCACGAGUAAAUUCGCCACCAUAUUUUCUAAUCAAACCUCAUCAAGCAUUCCUUUAACUCAUUUAAUGGAUUCUUUUCGUCUUCUUCUCUAUUUGCCUAUUUAUAAAUCUCUUCUCUGAUCUCAUGCCUCCAUUAGCGUUAUCAAAAUUCUCUCAAAUACUCAUCCCGAUGAAGCCUACCCGUAACUCUUCGUCCUCCACCGAACGUCCGUCCAGCAAGAAGACCGUCGUCUCUGCUGCGUCCGCUGAGCCAAACGGAAAGUCUGCGAUCCGUAACUCUCCGUCCUUCACCGAGCCCGCGUCUAGCGAGAAGAUCGUCGUCUCCUCUGUGUCUGCUAAGCGAAACGGGAAGUCUAUUGCUUCCUCUGCGACUGUGAUGAAACCUAGCGCGCAUGCGUCUGUUGCAACCGCCAACCCGAUGAACCCUGUAGCUUCCAGCGGUCUCUCAUCCGCUCAUGGUGAACAAGUGAUGUUGUUCAGGGAUGUUUCACUGGGGCCACACGAAGCCGAGAUGAGGUUCCGAUUGAUUCACCUCUGGGAGGCUCGAAAUCCAAAUACCAAAGUUCUCAUUGGUCAAAAGAUGCUCCUUAUCGACGAAGAGGGAACUGUUAUUCAGGGUUUUGUUCCGGCUGGUCGUGUAGGAACAUUUGAACUCUCAGCUGGUUCCAUCUAUAAGUUGACCAACUUUUUCGGAUCCAGAAGCAAAUAUCAGUAUCGGGUUGCUGAUCAUAGCGCCACCGUCUCAUUCUCUUGGAAUUCUUCUUUGUCGGUUCUUGAGAAUCCUCCGGUUUUCUUUCCAGUAGAUCGGUUCAGGUUCCACAGCUACGAUGAGUUUAGGGCCAACUGUGACUCCAAGGGUGAUCUCUAUGACUUUGUUGGCCAUAUGAAGCUGGUGAGUGGGCAAACUAUCACUGACCACAUUGUUCUUGACGAAGCUGAUAUAUCAGAGAAGCGGCAUCUGUGUGUUCAUGUUCAGUCACUUGAGUAUGUUUCUCCAGUUCUUAGCCUCUUUCGUUUUGUGUUAUUAUUAACACAUGAUUUCGUCUUCUGUAGCGGACCAGUGUUGAAGCUCUAUCUAUGGGACCAAGCUGCAUCCGAGUUCUGCCAGAAAUUCAAAUCUUAUGGAGGGACUCCAAGCGUUCUUCUGGUCACCACAGUGAACCCUAAGCAUCUUGGAGGAACCCUUGCUAUCACUUCUAUGUCUUCAUCUCGAGUGUUCAUGGAUUCCGACGUGCAGCCUACCAAGGACUAUCUCGAAUGGUUGAGUUCUAAUGCAGAAAUUGCCAAUAGGAUUGCUGCUGAGGUUGUCACUAAGCCUGAGGCAGUGACUCUUGAGGAGCUAUUCGCCUACAUCAAGCAAGAAACUUCAAAGGUCGCUUGGUUUGAAUGCACUGCGACUAUAGAUGAUGUUGUCCGUGGUUCUCCUUGGUAUUACAUUUCUUGCGGUGGAUGUAAUAGCAAGGCUUUCAAAGGUCCUACCUCUCUGAUUUGCAACAAUAAGAAGUGUGUAAAGAAUGAGGUCACAGGCGUUCCUCAGUACCUCACAAAGAUAUCAGUUUAUGAUAAGAGUGAGCAAGCAGCUUUUGUUAUUCUUGGCGAUGCUGGGAAGGAGUUGAGUGGAAAACAUGCUGCAGAAUUGGUUGCUACUUAUUAUGAGUCUAAUGAAGGAGUUGGAGCUGAUCAUUGUGUGCCGAUCCCGCAAGCUUUACUUGACACGAUAGGGCAGACUCGCAAAUUCAUCGUCAAAGUCUCGGAUCACAAUUUGUCAGGCAAGAUUCAGACCAUAACUGUUACCAAGAUUCUCCCACUAGCAACUACUGUUCCAGCAACAUCCGAGGAACCUGGUGCUUCCAGUGGUCUAGGAAACUCUGCGGGUGAUAGGGCUAGAAAAGCAGCUGAGAUGCUCGAGUCAAGUGAGGCCAAGCGGUGCAAGAGUGGCUGAUAUAGCUUCAAGCUCUCCUCCUACGCAGUAAUUGUUUUUGCUGCAGUUUGAGUUCUGUUUUAUGCUUUCUGAAUGACUUUGCUUUUUUCAUUUCAAGUUUCAGACUUUUUUCUUUUAUGUUUAAGUUGCUUGAAUACAAUUUUCAAUUUAUGGUUUUUACGAUCCCUUAAGUCAAUUUACUUAUCCUAUUAUGAACUUUCAAUAGUAACAGGAUUAGGAGCAUAAGCUUCUAAAGAAAUUGAAGUACUUCUUACAUAUUU